AAAGGAGAGAAAAGGAAACAGUUAUGGCCCAAGAGAUGGAAAAAUUGGGGGGAACGAGCGAGGAAGAUGACGAAGAAAUGGAUAUGGGAGUGAAAGAAGAAGAUGACGAAGACGAAGACGAUGAGGAGAAGAAAGCAAACAGCGAUAACGCCAUGAUAAACGCCAGUGAAGGAAUUGCAUGUCCAAACAGCUUUCAAGAACAACAGCAAGAACAAGACCAGCAGUUGGCUGGCUCCGGAGGGCCUCGAAGGUGUCGGCCAAAGGAAGAGAAAGAAAGAACAAAACUACGAGAGCGGCAUCGGAGAGCGAUCACAGCAAGGAUCCUGGCUGGCCUCCGCAGGCACGGCAACUAUAAUCUCAGGGUUAGGGCUGAUAUUAACGACGUCAUCGCUGCUCUGGCGCGAGAGGCUGGCUGGAUUGUCCUUCCUGAUGGAACUACUUUUCCUUCCAGAUCUCAGGUGCCUACUUCUACUUCUAUACAUCUUCAGGGCGCAAGGCCUGCUGGCGCCGCUUCGAAUGCUGCCGUGACUUCAUCGUCGUCGCAUGUGGUACCGUUGCAGAACCCGCCCACCUCCUUGAGAGGAGGAACCUCUCCUGGGUUCAGGACUAUAGUGGAUUAUCGUUCGGGUCGAAUGAAGGGCGUCUACAUGCCAACUUCCUCUCCUUACGGGAGGUCCUCUACCACUCGGUCUCGAACGCUAACCAUGGCGGUGGAUAGAGGAGGGACUGAAAAUUCUUCUCUCGCCGGUAAUUGUAUGGACACUGUUGAUCAUAAGCAGGUAAUGGAUAUAGCUCCAAGGUUGCGAGAGCGGGAUUUUGCGGGCACCCCUUAUGUUCCAGUUUAUGUAAUGCUACCUCUAGGAGUCAUUAAUAAGAAGUGUGAGCUGGUUGAUCCAGAUGGGCUACUGAAGCAGCUAAGAGUACUAAAAUCAGUUAAUGUUGAUGGUGUUAUGGUUGAUUGCUGGUGGGGAAUUGUUGAGGCACACACUCCUCAAGAAUAUAACUGGAGUGGUUACAAGCGGCUCUUUCAAAUUGUGCGAGAUCUCAAGCUUAAGUUACAGGUGGUAAUGUCAUUUCAUGAAUGUGGAGGCAAUGUUGGUGAUGAUGUUUGCAUUCCACUGCCACACUGGGUGGCAGAAAUUGGUCGAAGCAAUCCCGACAUAUUCUUUACAGAUAGAGAAGGAAGGCGAAAUCCUGAGUGCCUCUCAUGGGGGACUGAUAAGGAACGAGUUUUAAGAGGCCGGACUGCUGUUGAGGUUUACUUCGACUACAUGAGAAGUUUCAGAAUAGAAUUUGAUGAAUUCUUUGAGGAUGGGAUCAUUUCUGAGAUUGAAGUUGGAUUAGGUCCCUGUGGAGAGCUACGCUAUCCAUCUUAUCCAGUAAAGCAUGGGUGGAGGUAUCCUGGCAUUGGUGAAUUUCAGUGUUAUGAUCAGUAUUUGUUGAAGAGUUUGAGAAAAGCAGCAGAAGUAAGGGGGCAUUCCUUUUGGGCUAGAGGGCCAGAUAAUGCAGGUUCUUAUAACUCCCGGCCACAUGAAACUGGAUUCUUUUGUGAUGGAGGGGAUUAUGAUAGUUAUUAUGGAAGAUUCUUUCUUAAUUGGUACUCCCAGAUUUUGAUUGACCAUGCUGACCGAGUGCUUUCUCUGGCCAAGUUGGCUUUUGAGAGCACCUGCAUUGCUGUAAAGUUAUCAGGUAUUCAUUGGUGGUACAAGACAGCCAGCCAUGCGGCUGAAUUGACUUCUGGGUUUUACAAUCCAUGCAAUCGGGAUGGUUAUGCUGCAAUUGCUUCAAUGCUAAAGAAGCAUGGGGCUGCUCUUAAUUUCACAUGUGUUGAAUUGCGCACUUUGGACCAGCAUGAAGACUUUCCAGAGGCACUGGCUGAUCCUGAGGGCCUGGUCUGGCAGGUACUUAACGCUGCAUGGGAUGCUUCCAUACCUGUGGCUAGUGAGAAUGCUCUUCCUUGCCAUGAUAGAGAAGGAUACAAUAAGAUAUUGGAAAAUGCCAAACCAUUGAAUGAUCCAGACGGACGACACCUAUCAGCAUUCACAUACCUCAGGCUAAGCCCACUUCUGAUGGAGAGGAACAACUUUCUGGAGUUUGAACGGUUUGUCAAGAGAAUGCAUGGGGAAGCAGUUAUGGAUCUCCAAUUAUAAGAGAGCCGAGAUUAUACCUUAGGUAGUUGGGUUCACAAAUAAUCACUUCGGAACUACACAUGAUUCUCUUCUUUGCAGGUGUAGAAAAUAUUGUAAAUGAAAUCAUAUCACGUGACAAAAAUAGACGUUUUAUUUAAAUUCGCAGUCUUGCCAUUGUUCUUUUGGCCUAUAAACUAACCCCGGUGAAACUCGUUAAUUUGAAUCACAUA